CAUGACCAUGCUCCGAGAGAGACAGGUUCUCCGGUGGCGAGUGGCCGCCAGCCUUGCUUGGUCAGUCAUACUUCUGCCUGUGUGCUGUGUCGUCUUUAUUGUCCUUAGCCAGAUACAAAUUUUACAUCCCAUACAAUGGCUUACAGAUUCCAUCAGUGAUCUUACGAGCAGUUACACAAUCUUCUGUCUCUUGUUAAUAAGUGCCAUCUUGGGACUGCAAUGUACUUUUCUUAUGGAGUAUUACACAGUGGUGCCGUCUAUUCCCUGCUCUCGACUGGCCCUUAUUGGAAACACUCUCCUUCCGCAUCGUAUUGUGCACUCUUUAGCUCAUGUUGUCAUGGGGGUGCUGGCCUCCUGGUGCUGUGCUGUUAUGAGCAAAGGGAAAUAUCAGCUUAUAGUUGUUUCCUGCACUUCCCUACCAAGUGAGGAUGAGUCUGACAAACCUUCUCUUUGCCUCAAUGAGAGUCAUCUCUUUCAGUUAUUGUGUGGUGCUUUCUUUGGCUAUUGUUACAGUCUCCAGUAUUUUGUUCACAACAUGAACUAUUUGUCCUUCCCAUCAAUACAGCAAUACAAGUAUCUGCAGUUUAGAAGAUGUCUACCACUUAUUAUAAAGCAGAGCAGUUUCCAGUCUCUGUACUUCACUCGCAACUAUGCCAUUCUCUACUAUUUAUUUGGCAACAUUCCACGAACAUGGAUCCAAACUGCACUAAACCUUCACAUUGACAGGCAGCAGCCCUCACUUGACACACUAAGGGGACUCUUGAAUCUGACAGUCUUUUACCAGAUAUGGUUGUCUGGCACUUUUCUGCUUUCCGCUUGGUACAUGGUCUGGAUUUUCUUCAGAAUUUAUACAACAGAGGCUCGUAUCUUCCCUGUACAGACCUCCUUUGCUGAAGAAGCAGAAAAAUGCCUUCCAUUCAUUUUGAGUAGUAAUACACUUCCUCUUGUAAAGUAUUUGGCCAUGCAAGAUCUUGUGUUGCUCUCUCAGUAUUCACCAUCUAGACGACAGGAAGUGUUUAGCCUGAGCCAGCCAGGUGGGCAUCCACACAACUGGACUGCAAUCUCCAAAGAAUGUUUGAACUUACUGAGCAGUUUGACAUCCAGAUUAAUUGCUCAUCAGGAAGCUGCUGCAAGUAAUGGACGGAUGAAAGUCCCAUCCUCCCCUAAGCAGACUAGAAAGUCCUCAAGCAGCUCAGGUACAUCUCUUAUUGAAGACUCAGCUGAGCAAACUCAGAAGUUAAGUACCGUUCCUAGAAUAGGUAUCCCCUCUCUACUAAAGACUACCUCUCUAAAAUCCUCAUUGGACACUGGAAGUCCAUUUACACCUCCCGGAGUUAAACGAAUGUCUGAAUCUCUGGACCCAAAUACCCCAUGGCACGACUCUGUCCAAAGUCCCCACAUCAUGAGAAGGAGUGCAAAGCUGUGGACAUCAGAUUCUAGUGUUCAGAAAAAUGGCUCUGAGGUUUCCAAUCUUUCCCCAGUAACGCUUAGCCCUGUAUGUAAUGGUGCAAAACAGGGAAUCUUCUCUACAUGGUUCCAGCACAAGCUUGAUCAGAUCAAAAACUUCUUGUCAAAGAGAGGUCUGAUUAUGUACCUGUUUAGUAAGCAUCCAGAGGCUUCUAGUGAGGAUGUAUUUGCAGAUGCACAGAUUCAUAUUUGGGCACUGGAAGCAUUAUCUCACCUCGUGGCUGCCUCCUUCUCAGAAGACAGAAUGGGAGUAGUACAGACCUCUCUUUCUGCUGUACUUGCAACUUUCUUUACUUUGCAGGAGGCUGUAGAAAAACAUUUUAAACUCCCCCAUGCAUCCAGCAAACCAGUGAGAAACCCUGGUAGUUUACUGGACUCUUCCUACAAGACCCUGAGGUUUUCACUUCGAGCUGCUUUAAAAACAGCAAUCUACAGGAUAACCACAACAUUUGGAGAACACUUACAUGCUGUUCCUGUCUCAUCCGAGCAUCAGAAAAAGCUUCAGCAAUUUCUCGACUUCAAAGAAUAAAGUUGGAUUCCAAGUUUUGUUUGGCACUUUCCUGCUCUUGUGACUAAUCAGGGCAUAACAAAUUCAACUAGAGACCUUGGGAGAAGACAAACCAGAAAUUGGUAAACCGCAGUACAUGUGAAAGGUGGUUCUGGUCUAUUUGAUGAAAAUACAAAAAGAAGGUCACACGCACUGUUGCUUUAAUGUAAUUGCUUCAAUCAGAAAAAAAAUACUUUAAAGUUACAAUGCUGUAUGUUAAAGGCCACGUUCUGUCCUCUGCUGCUAUUUACUUUUCUAGAAGGUGUUAGUAUUAAGGUUAGAUGCAAUUUCAGCUUUUUGGUUUUUUUUCAUAUUUAACUAAAUUGAUAAUGUAUCAAUCUAAUUGUGCCAUGACCACACUUUUCUGAAAAUAAAUAUCCCAGGCACUUCAUUGUAAAUUAGUAGAAGCAACUUAAUUACCAAAAAUGGGUCAUUGACUGUACUUGUUGAUCACCAUUAAGAACAGGCAUAUAUUAGGGGGUUGUUAAAAGUGCGCAGUCCGUAUAUUUUUCAGACAGCCUAGCACAUACAAGCAGCGUUAUACUACUACUUUACUAACGCCUUUAUAAACUCAGGUUAGAGUUAAACUGUGAGUUCAGCUAAGCCAUCACGCCUAGAAAUGUUUUCCUCUUAUUUUUGGUUGCACAUAUGAUGUGAAAGAUUUGGUUACCCAAAUGUUUUGGCUGAAAAAUGUUUAGCAACUGGCCUAAUGAAGGGCUUGCACCUCACUUAGUAGUAUGUGCACUAAGGGAUGCUAAGCUGUGUAUGUGCUAUUUAUCAAACCCACUUUGUAUGGAUGUAGGUCUGUUUUUAGUGGAAUCUAUAUCUGUUCUCUUUUCAGCUCUAUUUUUCUCUUAUUUCUUUCUCUUUUUCAUCUUUGUUCUGUGUUUUGUAUAUGUGAAUUUUUAAUAAAGUGCAAUCACCAGAA